AUGCUCCCCCCAGUGUUGUUCGCCGCGUGCAUUAGACUACCAUGUAGGCCGUGUCUUAGGACGCUCAAAACGCGGUGCAGGUACCAUCCGGACAAAAACCCAAAAGGACAAGCUAGGUUCAUUGAAAUCCAGCAAGCUUAUGAAAUUCUGUCGAACCCGGACAAGAAACGUGAGUACGACGUGGGUGGCGGUGCAGGCGGGGACUACGGCCACCACCACCACCAUCAGGAGUCCUCCAGGCACCACUACAAUCACCACCAUUUCCACUAUUAUCAGCAGCAGCAGCAGUACCACUUCUAUCAGCAGCAACAGGAGCAGAUGUACGAACGUGCCCUACCUUCCAACACCUCGUUUCUCACGGCCUCGAACUUCCGCGCCCUGGUCAUGUACGGCGGGCGACCAUGGCUGAUAAUGAUCUACACGGAGAGCUCGUCGGCCUGCCGGGACUUCGUGCCCACAUGGGAGGCGUUGUGGAAGUCCCUGGGCGGCAACACGGCUGGAGCCGGCAACAGCGACGGUGCAUCAGUGGGUCUGGGGCGCAUCCACGCCCGGUUUCAAAAAAACUUGGUACAGCUGAUUGCGCGGAGGGGGGGACCAUUCUCUGACAUCAUGCGGGAGGACGAGAUGCCGCUGCUGAUGGCCGUGCCCGCGGGCUGCUCCGACACCAGCUGCUUCAUAAGCCUGUUCAAGAAGAUCCCCCGUCCGCGCAUUGCUUCCGCGAUGUGCGUGCCAAAGCCGCAUGCAAAGCUCUUACCGUUACUAGACUUUAUGCAGGGUUUCCCGCUGCAGGGGGGCCCCUACUACUCGUACUUCUUGGAUGGGCGAUAUCGAGGUUCGCUGCGGCUCUCAGCGCUGCAGGACUUCGUGGCCGACCGGCUGCUGCACCUGCCGAGUGUGCCUCAGCUACAGCCCGAGGAUGUAGCGACCUUCCUUCAUCGCGCAUCGCAGUACAAGGUAGUCAUGGUGGCGUUCGGCCGCGGUGGUGGCAGCGGCUCUCUGGCGCUGCGGUCGCUGGCGUCACGUCAUGAAGACAUGCUGACCGUAGCCCGGGGGCAUGUGCAGGUGCGGCAUCUAUUGGGAAGCGCUGCUGCGCACACGGUUAGCCGGUUAGCUAUGAUGGGCGAGACCGCCGUACCUUCACCAUCAUCACCAUCAUCACCAUCAUCACCAUCAUCACCAUCACCACCGCCAUCAUCACCAUCAUCAUCACCAUCACCACCAUCAUCAUCACCAUCACCACCAUCAUCAUCACCAUCAUCAUCAUCAUCAUCAUCAUCAUCAUCAUCAUCAUCAUCAUCAUCAUCAUCAUCAUCAUCAUCAUCAUCAUCACCAUCACCAUCAUCAUCACCAUUAUCGCGACCGCGAUCGUCCUCCUGGCGCCCAACGACGGGGACGUCUUGCCGAUCUCGUACGCACCUGCCAGUGCCUGUUGUACUGACCUCGAAUUCGGGUUACGGCAAGGUAAAGGUGGCUUUCGGUGGGAAUUUGACGCUGUCGAUGCUGCAGGAGGGCGAUUCCAAGUCCGCAGUCGCGUGGCAGGCAGCGCUGGGGCUGUCCAGUCCGCCGGCUGCAGGCCAUGUCGUCUUCCUACGCGGCCCAGGCACGGCGCCCCGCACGUUGGUGGUACAGCCGGGCAAGGCCGGGGAGCUUCAGGAACAAAUCGACGAACAAGGUGCGCUUCGUGUCGUGUCGUGUGCGGACUGGAAGGACAAGGAUAAAAACGUUUCGGAGGGGGGUUGGGUGAUAGGAUGUCAGGAAAGCAAACUCCUCCGCUGUAUCCCACACGCUCUAUCCCCCGUGUCCCUUUGUCCGCUGGUGUGGUACCCUGCAGCUGCCUCGGGGCGCUCCAUGAUUGACACGUGCGUGGUGGCGGUUGGGCCCCGAGGGCCGGAGCUGCAGGAGGCGAGGCGGCGGCUGGCGGUGCUAGGCCGCCACAUGGCGCUGUCCAACUCCAAGCGCGACCCUAGCGUAUCCGCUGCGGCCAGUGCCUACAUGGCCGGCAAGUUGCGCCUGCUGUGGCUGGACGCCAGCGCGCAGCAGCCCUUGUGCGCCUGGCUGAUGGGGAACAGGCAGGCCAUGCGCCCAACCAACUCGGCGCCACCACCGGGCACCAACGCGGCGGGCCGGGCGGCGGCGAUUGCGCAAGCGAUGGCGGCGGCGGCAGCACGGAGCCCCGAGCUCGUGCGCACCGUGUGUGGUCCGGCCCCGCUGGACGUGGUGGGACGCGCACGAGACACCGUCGUGACUGCUGCGCGUGCUGUGGGAUUGCAAAGCCUUGCCAUGCGGCUGCAGCCGCGGCGCGCCGCGCACGUGGUGGUGAUCCGCCCGUCCGUGGACGGCUCGUCCUGGUUCCGCGGCGCCGCUUCACACCUGCGCGGCGGCCGGCCGGUGUUUCUGCAUGCGGUGAAUGCGGAUUUCGACUUGGGCUCCCUGGAGCGUGGGUUGGACGUGGAGCUACCCAAGCUGGCGGCGUGGAUUAACCAGAUGCACUCAGGGCCUCUGCUUAACCUGCAUGCCAGCACGGCGUUUCCGCCGGCCCUGCGGCCGGAUAACGAUCCGAGCGCGGUCGAGUUUGUGAUGGGCAGGCUGUACGCGGGGGCUCGGCUCGUACUGCGCUUCGUUAUGAAUGCCGGCUCCAUGGCCACGGACGGCUCCUCACCGCUGAGUUCCGAGAUCCAGGUGGCCAACCUGGCGGUGGCGCUGCUGGCGGUGGUGCUGGUGCAGGCGGUGUUCUGGAGGCGGGCUGACAACCGGGCUGGGGAUGGCCGCACCUCUGCCGGGGCCGGGCAGCAGCCCCCACCGGAUGCCAGCGACCGCAGGGAUCCGGGUGGAGAACGCAGCAGCCGGGGCGGCCCAGAGGAUCGGGAUCUGAACCCGAACCGUCGGGCCAUGUCACCAUCUUGGCGAUCUGGUCGGCGGGGGGACACGCGGGGCAGUGGCUCGACGGAGGGCAGCGACCGGGGCGCUGGCCGGGAUGAUGAUGAUGAUGCCAAUAGCGACAGCGGCGACGAGGGGAGAGAGGAGGCUUUCCCGCCGGCUGGUAGAAGCCACAGCGGCGACGUCACUGUCCCUCCAUUGGAGGGCACGGGCGGCAAGGCAUUACAAGGAGAGUCUGGAGAGCCAGCUUGCGGAACCGAUGACCGGGGCGGUGCGAGCACCCGGGCUGGUGUCAUUCGGCGUGGCGGAAGUGCCGGAAGUAUGGUGGAUACGGAGACGGAGAUUUCUGGUCUUCACCCGGCGAGCAGCGGCCGUGGUCAUGACAGCGAAGCGAGUGGCGGCGUGGGCAGCGGCGGCGCCGAAGCUGGAGCUGUCGCCAACAGCAGCUACAGCGGGGCGCCGGUGGAUGUGAGAGGUCGUGACGGCGACUGCGGGAACGCUGACAGCGCUGGGAACGGCGCGGAUGGCGCGGAUGGUGGUGCUGAGGCAUCGGCAGAGGAUGUGGGGGAUGGGUGGCUCGCGGUCUCCAGUCCAAGGAAUGUGCCAAGUGAAGCAAACAGCCGAACUAAAGCGACAGUGGUGCCGUAAUGUCUCUUUGUAGCGGCUGCAGCGG